AUGGAUAAGAAGAUCAUCGAAGACGUACGACAAUGGAAACCUCCUUUCAAGCUUGGUGACAUAGUGACAUUGUAUACUGGAAUCAAGGCAAAUUCAUGGACAGGAAAAAUAUCUGACAUGUGGGAUGGAAUUUAUGUUGUACAUCAAACACUUGGCAAAGGAACUUAUUUCAUUAAACCAUAUCAAUCCACUGAUCCAAAACUUAAACGAGUGCAUGAAACUUUAACUUUAAGCACGGUGGUGGAUAACAAAACAGUGGAAAAACAACCAUUGUUCGAAGAUGAAGGAGAAGAAACUAUCAAGGACACAGAAACAGAAGAAUGGGUUAUCAAACAAGAUUCUAGGACUGAUCCCUUCCUUAGCCCGGACUUACCUUUUAAUCCCAUUCCAGAAGAUGCAAAACUACUGCUACAAAUGUCCAUUCCGGGAUACCUCUAUAACUUGCAAGAUAUUAGGGAAAGACAAGCCGACUUACAUAAAAAAGAAGCAUCGUUCUUUAUACCUCUAGCAAUACAGGUGCUACAUGCUACAUUCACAGAACCGACCGAUAAUGCUACUUACUCUGUGAUCAUGCAUGGCUUGAUGAAUGAAUAUAUUACUGCUGAAUUGAUUCAAACUUAUGAAUACGCAUUAAACAACAUGAAUCAAGGACCUGAUGAACGUCCAAGAACUUUUUAUGCAAGAUUAUUUGAAGCUGCUGAACUUGCUGAAAUUGAUUCUGAAUCAAUGAUCCAAAGCAGAUUUCGUGCUGGAUUACAUCCUCGUAUACAACAACAUUGUAUAGCAAUUGGAUGUACAAACAUCAAGGAAUGGCUUCGUGCUGCCGAAGGAUGGUGGAUUGCUCAUCAUCCACAAAAGGUUGAAUUGGUGAAUAAUCCUUUCUCUCCUCAACAUGCUAGUAUGGGUUAUCAUGAAGACAUGCCACAUCAUGAUUCCGUUCUCAAUAGAAUCACUGCUACACAAGGAACAUCCACAAUGAAUGAUGUAUCUCAACGAGUAGACAAGAUUGAACAAUUGAUUAUUGACAUGAAAUCAUCCUUGGAUGGAAUCAUCAACAAUAAUCAAAGAAAUCGAAACAACAAUAAUCAAUAUCACAACAAUGGUUAUCAACAAAUGAAUCCAAGAAACUACCGUAGACAAAACCAAAACCUUUAUUAUAACAACAACAAUAACAAUCGAUCCAAUGGCUAUCAACAACAAUAUUAUCCUAACAACCAGAAUCAAUACCAACAAUAA